AUGGCUCAGAUACAUUCAUAUUACAUCACAAAUGCGAAGGUAGAGCUAAAAUUUUCUAGCAGUAAUUUGAGUGAAGAUGAACUUGAAACUGCAUUGCGAGAAGUAACUACAGCCAUGAUAAAUAAUGAUGAUCUUUUUACUGAUGAUGAUGAUGAGGAAGAAAAUGAUGAUGUGGCUUCAAAUGAUGGAAUUAUUGAGGAUGAUACUAAUAAUAAUUUUCUUAUGACAGAUAUUAUGAACUUAAAUGAUUUUAGAGAACAGAUUGAUGAAAAUUCAGAUUCAAGAAUUCAACAAUCUGACGAACUUGUAGAUUAUAAGGAUUCAGAUAUUGAUUUUGAAGCAAUACUUGAUGAUGAGGAAUUAGUAAAGUAG